AUGCUUGGCGGCCCCCAACGCGCCUCCUCCCCCUCCACCCCCCGGAAAAAAGUCUCUCUAGCCCCCGGCCGCUCCCCCCUCGACUGGGCCCGCCUCCUCUUCAGCGGCCGGGACCUCCGCGGCGGGGUCAAGCAGCUUGCGCGGUUCACACCCUCUGAAGGGAAUGUGUAUAAUGUCACGCAUUAUAUCAAGUUUCAACCGGGAGGCGCUGGGCAGCUUUUGAGGGGCGCGGGGAAGGAUGCGACGGAGGUGUUUAUGAAGGUGCAUCCGUGGGUUAAUGUGGAUGGGCUGUUGGGGAAGUGUCAAGUGGGGUAUUUGGUUAAGGAGAGGGAGGGGGAGGUGCAGGAGGGGAAGGAGGGGAAGGAUUUGUUUGGGGUGUGAUUUGGAGGUUGAGCUUUCUGGACGAUGAGGAUUUGGCGUGGGACAAUUGAUGCAGGGAUCAGU